GGCGGGUAGCGGGCAACUCUCGGAUUCAGUGUGUGUGCAGCAGUGGGACGUGGUGGGUGUACUACUCGUGCUUUGUGUCGCCGUGAAUGGGAUACGCGCGGCUGGUGCUUUGAUUGGUGGUAACCCUAUGGCUUGUUUAUCCAUGCAAAUGAAGUGACCAGGAAUUGUAGUGAAUUAUGUUUGUCAAAUUUAUGACCUCUCUGGUCUUAUUGACCACGGCAGUGACAGCAUUUAUUGUUGAUGAAGCUCUGGUGAGGCGGUAUGAGGUUGAGGGUCGGGCGGGGGAGGAGGUGCGACUACCCUGUGAGGUGGACAAGGCCUCCUGCGGAGACUUCCACAGCAUCAAGUGGUACAAGGGCAAUGACAGAGUCUUCAUCUUCUCCGACAUGGCCAACGUGAAGAGGGCAGAGGGACCCCUGCUAGACAGAACUGACUUCCACUACGCCACGAACGGCACCAACAGCAGCCUGGAGAUCUUCCCGCUACAGACGGAGGACGAGGGUUUGUACAAGUGUGAGAUCACGUACCUAGCGGUACGUGAGGCGUGCUCCGUGGUGCAGUUCGUCAACCUCACCACCUACGCGUUGCCGACGUAUCUUCAGAUGACGUUCGAGGACGGAUCGCCCAUCGACAACGGCACCGUGGCGGGGCCGUUCGACGAGGGGACCUCCCUCACGCUCAUCUGUGAGUCCGGCGGUGGCAAGCCCGUGGCCAGGGUCUCCUGGUGGAACGGCAGCCAGACUCUCCCAGGAGAGUACUCGGGCAUCCUGGAACAGAACGGGGCAGGGGUGGGUAGGAACAUCCUCCGUGUGCCCCUCACUAGAGCAGACCUGGCCUCCACGUUAACCUGCGAAGCUGAGAACGCGGCCAUGACUAGUCCCUUCGUUGCUUCCGUCACUAUCGACCUUAAUGUACCGCCGGUGAGCGUGACAGUGACGGGAGCAGAGACAGCGACCUACGAGGGGGAGGAGGUGACGCUGACGUGUGUGGUCAAGGGGGCUCGACCAGCGGCUUCCAUUACCUGGCUUAAUGGAUCAGUACCUGUCCAGGACGCUCCCACCCUCGUCAAUGUUCAGGAGGACUCUGCCGAGAUUCGUCUACCUGACGACACCUACGAGACUCGAAGUCGACUGAACUUCCAGGCCACUCGCUUCGAGAACGGCCAGAAGUUCUCGUGCGAGGCUACGAACGUCGUUCUCGAGAACAGAGACCAGGAGCCUAUGGAGAGUGUUGUCAGUCUGGACGUGCACUAUGCUCCCAUCGUGCGGGUGAGUCCAGAUAACGUCACGGUGAACGAGUCUAUGGACGUGCUUAUUUUCUGCCAGUACACAGCCAACCCGCCCAAGCUCAGCCACGUCUACUGGUACCAGGACAGUAGUCAGGUAGACGUGGCUGGUUACCCAGACAAGUAUGGUAAUGGUAACGUGGAACAUCCGUCACUGCUCGUCAAGAACAGCUCAGCUGCCGACACUGGUGAAUACACAUGUCGGGUCGCCAACGCUGUCGGCGCCUCGGAAGUCACCAACUCCGCCUUCGUCAGCGUCCAGUAUCGACCGCAGGUGCAGGUGGUGAUAUACCCGAUGGAGCCAGUGUCUGAGGAAGACCACGUUAAUGUCACACUGAACUGCGACGUGGUGAGAGCCAACCCAGACUACCUCGUCCGUGUGCGAUGGUACCUCGACGGGGAACUCUUGAAGGAGCUGCCGGAGUGUGACGGCAACUCAACAACUUACGGCUCCAACUCGGUGUUCUGCGACAUCGAUCCCUCCAAGCUCCUCUUGGAGAACGUUUUCAAGGACUUCCACGGCAACUACUCGUGCGAGGGCAUGAAUGACGCUGGCUGGGGAAGCAGGUCCAACGAAGCAGAGCUCAUCGUCCACUACCCUCCCGGGCAGGCCUUCAUCACCUACCAGCCACCAAUGGUUGUUAAGGGUCUCUCCCUGGAGUUGACGUGCAAUGUAGAAGACCCUGGAAGACCAGCAGCCACCACUUUCAGAUGGUACCGGGGCUCCCACCUGGUACCUGACGAGACCACAGCCAGCUGGACUAUCAACCCCGUGUCUUUAGAGACCGAGGACAACUUCACUUGCGUCCCCGUCAAUAUCGAAGGCGAAGGAGAGAGAGCCACCCUGAAUGUUGAUGUUUUAGCUGCACCCGUGUUCAUCGACCGCCUUCCGCCUUACCACGGGGCCCUGCUCAACUCCGCCCAGGUGUCGUUGUCAUGCAGGGUAGAGUGCUCGCCCCUCUGUACCAUAGCGUGGCUCAAGGACGACACGCCCCUCCUCAACGACACUCACUACAAAGUCAGGCAGAGCGCCAUGCUCCCGGACUCCUCCUCAGGUGACCUGGAGAGCGUCAUGUCAGUGUUGACGUGGCAGAUGGACCGCUGGCCCGACGGCGUGUUGGACCGGGACCAGGACAAUAUGGAGGAUGCUGAACGAGACGCUGACGUCGGAGGUGACAUCGGAAGGACUGGAGUCCCGUCUGCGUCUACCAGCGACGGCGGCGUCGCUUGGGACGUACUACUGCUACGUUAACAACACUAUCGGAGAAUCAAUCCCCUGUGAGAUUGAUGUCACAGGCGUCGCAGGCAUCAUGGAGAAGCUGGGAGACGACAACAUAAUCGUCAUCUCGGCCAUCGUCGCAGCAGUCAUCGUGCUUGUCCUUAUCAUCUGCGUCGUCAUCAUCGUCAUCUGCCGCAGACAAAGACAAGCCGGAAAAUACAACGGUACGACCAACAUACAGGAGAGAGAGAAACAAGGUGGACGAAGACCCCAGCCCAGAGCACGCGUCAAAGGAACUGCCCUCAUGAAUACCCCGGAUGCUCUCGCCCGCAACCACUUCGUGGUACAGACCAAGCCAGACAUCACCGAAGGGUCGACGACUGGACGUAAACGCAAAAAACCAGGUCAAGAUCCUGAAGCUUCUAAGUCCCCAACUACUGAUCCCAAGGAUAAUGGAAUUCCCUCACCACCUGACGAUGACAAACAGACCUUCUAUGAGAAUCUACCUUUUCACGGGAUGCAACCGCCGCCCAAUAAGCAGGAUGCUUCGGAGGUACCAGGUUCCUGCACGGUAGGAGGUGGUAGUGCAGGAGGCAGUCGACCUCCUAGCCAACUCAGCCAGCAGGCAUCUUCCGGUUACGGAUCAACUCGAAGCAGGAAGGACGUCCAUCUCAAUCAAUCUAACUCGGAGGAGGGCUCGAAGGAUUCCCAGAAGGUGUCAGGGAGGCGAGACGUGAGUUUCCGCCAGGAUGUAGAGCACAUGGAAGACGGGAAGGGUUUCAAUCGCGUUCAGAGGCAGAACUCAGAAUCGUACGGCUCUAUGAGAAGUACAUCAGAGAAGCCUGUCAAAAGUGCGUUGGCCAAAACAGCUGCAUAUUUUUCAAUGAGGCUUCCCGGAAACAAGAAAAAGAUAAGAACUAAAGAAGAUAGCGAGGAAAAUCAUAAAAUGAUCGACAAACAGCCUGCCAUACAAGCUAUCCCGAUCAAAGAAUCUACAGCUUCUCCAUCAAGAGAGACUGAGAACGAAGUCUUGGCUCCAGGCCAACACACCACACACUUCACCUCAGAGACUAAACACAUCAUAACAUCAGAACCUACUCAAAACACAUUAAUUGUAGAAUCUAGUCAGACAUCCAAGCUUACAGUUCUGGCUAGACCACCCUCUAGAGCAGAGUCCAACAACGGCUCCAUAUACUCUGACGGCUCAACAAAUCGAAAUAUUCCACGGCCAGGCAGAGCCACCAAAGUAACGAAUCAGGAACCCUCCUCUGACCCAAGAACUAAUGACGCCACGGGAACCACAGAUACCUUGCCAACCCCAGCGCCACGGAAUGGUGGUGGCGGAAAGUUAAAGCACACUUAUCAGAAUAUUCCUCUCCCUACCAAAGAUAAACCAAUGACUGCUCAACACCCCUCCCUACAACACCCACUCCAUGUAUUACCUGAGAAUCGAAAGACAGCCAACUACGGAUCAGCACAGAAUCCAACGCCUAGUUCCUCCUCGUCCUCCUCUUCCCCCUCCUCCAGUCACUACCAAUCACAGUACCAAACUCAGUACCAACCACAGCACCAACCACAUUACCAAAGAAAUCCACCCGCGUAUAAACAAUACCCAUCAUCAUCAUCACUUAAAGAGUCCCAUCCCCCGCCCUCUUAUAAUUCAUCCUCACGCCAGUCAUAUUCAUCGUCAACGUAUCCACACAGAUUGGAGAAUCAAUCAAAUCCUGCCACGUCAUAUCCCAAUUCCCAAUCCCACUCUACUAAAGCAUACUCACAGUCUGUAAACAGCCAAUCACAUCUGCCCAAAUACCCUCCCGGAGUUGUGUACGCUGACCUAGCCUUAUCUCGUAAUGGUCAACCAAACCAUUACAGAAGAGAUCUCAACACCGAAUAUGCCAUCCUACAGUUUAAUGGCCCCAUUGUAGGACAGGAAAUCGACGUUUAAAAAGCCGUUCCUUACUAACCUGGGCGGGGGAGACCUGGAGUACGCUGACGUAGACUACGCCACCUACAACUACGGCCCCAUCCCCUACAAAGCUGCCUCCAUCACCAACGCCCAGGAGAAGAAGGCCGAACAUGAGGCCGAG